CACAGUCAGUCAUGGGUCUUCCAGGGAUUCAGAUGUGGACACAGACACUAUGUGUCUUGAUAUCUGUGAGCUUGAUGUCUAUGGGUCAAGCAAUCAAGGACAUUGAGGCAGGACCGCAGUACAUGGUAGCCAUUCCCGCAGUUCUUGAAGCUGGAGCUGAGACCCAAUUCUGUGUGAGUGUCCUGCAGCCCAACGAGACUCUGGUGAUAACCGUCACUCUGAUGUCCGAAGAGAUGAAUAAUACCCUCUUCCAGCAGACGUGCAAUAAAGACUUCCAUAGAUGCGCUCAAUUCAAGGUUCCUUUAGUGAAGGAGGAAGUGGUGCAGAAUUUUCAGGUGGAGGUACGAGGCAACACAUUUUACUCAAGAGAAACCAGGAAAGUCCUCCUCAAAGUCUAUCGACCUUUGACAUUCGUCCAAACAGAUAAACCAAUCUACCUUCCCGGACAAACAGUGCAAUUCAGAGUCGUCUCACUGGACUCCAAAUUGAAACCUGCCAUUCAGAUUUACAACUCCAUCGAAAUUGAGGAUGCGAGCAACAACCGGAUUGGACAGUGGCUGAACGAAACAUCCAGUUGUAGGAUAUUGGAGUUUUCUUUUCCCUUGAACUCUGAAGCCCAUGAAGGAACCUACAAAGUUACUGUGACCACUGAGUUUAAUACAAUAUUUCACAGCUUCAAAGUGGAGAAAUAUGUUUUGCCUAAAUUUGAUGUAAAAAUAGUUGCAUCUGAUGAAGUAAGUAUUGAACAGGAAGAAAUCAAAGUGGAAGUAUGUUCAACGUAUACAUUCGGACAGCCUGUGCCAGGCAUUGUUAUUGUGGGGAUGUGCAGACCUCUGAAUCAUUACAUCAAUAGAAACCCUCAAGGGGAAAUCCAUGAUAUAAUCCCCCCGUGCUACAAGGAGGCAAAGCAGACGGACAAGAAAGGCUGUGCCACUUUUAUCUUCCCAAUGUCAAUUUUCACACUUGCGGAAAAAGUGGUCCGUGAUGUACUGCAAAUCAGUGCCAUAGUGGAAGAGGAGGGCACAGGUAUUUCACGCCCACAAGACAAGAAUAUAAGAAUUUCAUAUGUGAGUGGAAAGCUGUCCUUCUUUGACUCACCUGCGAUUUAUGACGAAGGAUCAAAUGUGGAGGGAAAAGUUAGAGCAGUUCAUUACAACAAUACACCCAUUCCUAACAUGCCGGUGUACCUGUUUGAGGGUGAGAGGUGGGCAGCAAGCAGCUUACAGAAUCUCACAACUGACAGCAAUGGUUCUGCCACUUUCUCAUUCAGCACAGCUGACCUUAAAGGGGACAUCCACCUCUGGUUAAGCAGCACACCGACAUUUGGCUACCCUCCUUAUAGAGAGCCAUUCUAUGAGGCUGGAGAACACAGAGUGUCUGUUGCCCAACUGUCUUCUCCUGAUACUAAAACAGUCAGCUUCCUGGAGGUGAAGAAGAAGGAUAAAGCACUUCCUUGUGGCAAAGAAGAAGACAUCUCCAUCAAAUACACUGUAGUUGGAGAGGCCCAGGGAACUGUGGUUGUGAUGUAUCUUGUCUUAGCCAGAGGAGCCAUUGUCGUGCAAGGAGUUACACAGGUUGAAGUGCAAGAUAAAUUGGUGAAUGAGGGCGAGGUAACCAUGAAGCUGACAGUGUCUCCAGACAUGGCACCAGAAAUCCAAGUUGUAGUUUACGCCAUCCUCCCCAGUGAGACUGUGAUCGCCAUCAGCGCUGAUUUCUUAAUUGAGAAAUGCUUCAGUCACAAGGUGUCGCUGGAGUUUUCUCCGUCCUCACCCACUCCAGGAGAGGCAAGCACCCUGCAGGUGAACGCCCAGCCAGACUCUCUGUGUGGCAUUAGCAUUGUUGACCAGAGUGUCCUCCUCAAGGAGCCAGGGAAGACUCUGGAAGCAGACACGAUAUUUGAAAAGUUGCCUGUCCAAAAAGCAACCUAUAUUCCAUAUAAAGUUCAAGAUCUUCAAGAAUGCUUGAAUGUAAGACCGAGAAGAUCUAUUAUUCCAUUCCCCAAUAACAACCCGAGAGAUGAUGCUUAUACAAUUUUCGAGAAUGUAGGUAUGAAGCUGGCAACAAACUUGUUAAUCCGAGAGCCUUCAUGCCUCAAGUACAAAGGAAGAGAAUAUCACCAAGGCCGUGGGAUUGCAUAUGGCGGUUAUCAUAUCGCAAGAAAAAUGAAUGUUGAAAUGUUAGCGUCGCCAGCAAACGCUCCUUCGGAUAAUUCACCAAUUGAGACAGUCCGCACUUUCUUUCCCGAGACCUGGAUGUGGGACAUGGUGGAAAUUGGAAAUUCUGGAACGCUGGAUGUUUCCCUCACUGUACCAGACACUAUCACCACCUGGGAGACUGAGGCUUUCUGUCUGUCCCCUCAAGGUUUUGGCUUGGCUCCUCGCUUAGAGAUCACUGUCUUCCAGCCCUUCUUCCUCGAGCUCACCCUGCCUUACUCAAUCAUCCGGGGAGAACACUUUGAACUGAAGGCAACCGUCUUCAACUACCUGACCAGCUGCAUCAUGGUCUCUGUGACUCCAGAGCCCUCCUUAGAUUACACCCUCACCCCCUUCUCAAGUGACCAGUUCACAACCUGUUUGUGUGGAGGUGAACGCAAGACCUUCUCUUGGACCAUGGACGCCUCAGCCAUAGGUGUUUUAAAUGUAACAGUGAGUGCUGAGGCUGUGCCAUCCAUAGUAGCAUGUGACAAUGAGAUUGUGAGCGUGCCAGCAAGAGGUCGCAUCGACGUGGUCACACGUUCCCUCAUAGUAAAGGCUGAAGGAACUGAGAUAACCAAGACCUACAACUGGCUGCUCUGCUCAAACGGAGAGCCUGUGACAGAGAGUAUAGACUUACAGCUCCCUCAGAACGUCAUUGAUGGAUCUGCCCGUGCUUUGAUAUCAGUCCUGGGUGACAUUCUCGGCCGAGCCCUGAAGAACCUGGAUGGGCUGCUGCAGAUGCCGUAUGGAUGUGGUGAGCAGAACAUGGCGCUCCUGGCCCCCAACAUCUACAUCCUCCAGUACCUGCAAGAACCACAGCAGCUGACCCCAAAGAAAGAGAAGGCCAUCGACUUCCUGAUCAGUGUGCAAUUCAGAGUCGUCUCACUGGACUCCAAAUUGAAACCUGCCAUUCAGAUUUACAACUCCAUCGAAAUUGAGGUUAGAGCAGUUCAUUACAACAAACACCCAUUCCUAACAUCGGUGUACCUGUUUGAGGGUGAGAGGUGGGCAGCAAGCAGCUUACAGAAUCUCACAACUGACAGCAAUGGUUCUGCCACUUUCUCAUUCAGCACAGCUGACCUAAAGGGACAUCCACCUCUGGUCAGCUUCCUGGAGGUGAAGAAGAUAAAGCACUUCCUUGUGCAAAGAAGAGACAUCUCCAUCAAAUACACUGUAGUUGGAGGGCCCAGGGAACUGUGGUUGUGA